UGUCAUCCAAAUUUUGGUUCACUGAUUUGCAAUUUACCACCGCCAAGCAUUGCAAAUGGCGAAAGUGAGGCAGCAAAAGUACUCCGAGCAAUGUAUGAUGGUUUGCGUGCCGAAGGACUGAAACCGAUCGAAGCAUUCACCAGUGCAAAAAUGGAACCAGUCACGCUAUAUGAGGUAAUUGGUGAAGGUGCAUUGCGUAUGAUUGUGUUGAAUCCAGAGAAAGGCUCCAAAGAGCUAACAUCUCUUGCAAAUGCACUAAAAACCGAUGAAAAUAUCGAAAAACAUGCGGCUGCAACAUCGCUUGCUUUACUUCUGGUUUGGCAUCCUGCAGACCAUACGAAACCGGUCACUCGUAUUCUUAUCACAGGUUCUUGUCCACUGGAAAAGCUGUAUGCAGCUUUGGAGAAAUUGAAAGGUGAAGAUUACUUGCGUGUGCCGGAAUUUACGCAUGCUAGCAAAGAAAAGCCACAUGGGAAUGUGGUGAAUUCACGUUUAUCGAUGGGAAAUCAUCUCACUAAAACAACUUUACGAAAAGCACCCUCUGCGAAUGGACCCGCUCCACGUAUCCCAGCAACUCGUGCCGCACCAGUACAAAACAAAGCUCCAGUCAAUGAGGCGCCAUUAAAAAAAGUUGUUAAGUAG